AUGCGAUCUUCAAUAUGGACGCUCUCCGCGGUGGGCACGGUCCUGCUGCCGGCUGCGACGGCCGUCACCAUUGAUUGGACAUCAACAGACUCUAUAGCGGAGGGAGCUUCAACGAUCGCAUACGGCCUGAUGGGAUACUACACAGGCAACCACACGGGCGACACGCCGGGCAACUUGCCUUCUCCAUACUACUGGUGGGAGGCAGGUGGCAUGUUCAAUGCCAUCAUCAACUACUGGGCAUACACGGGCGACGAUACCUACAACAACGAGACGUACCAGGCGAUGCAGCACCAGAUGGGCGACGACGACGAUUACAUGCCGACCAACCAGACCCUGACCGAGGGCAACGACGAUCAGGGCUUCUGGGCCAUGGCCGCCAUGUCGGCGGCGGAACUGAACUUCAUGAACCCGAACUCUACUGCCCUCGCCGCCACCGAGGGUAGCGUGCAGUGGCUGGCGGCCGCGCAGGCCGUCUUCAACGAGUACGUGUGGCGCUGGGAGGCGGCCAACGAUACAUGCAACGGCGGGCUGCGGUGGCAGAUCUUCACCUGGAACAACGGCUACACCUACAAGAACAGCAUCGCCACGGGGUGCUUCUUCAACGUCGCCGCGCGGCUGGCCAGGUACACGGGCAAUGCGUCGUAUGCCGAGUGGGCCACGACAACCUUUGAGUGGAUGCAGGGCGUGGGCUACAUGGACGCGGAUUGGAACAUCUACGACGGGUCGGGCAUCACCGGCACGGUCAACUGCACCGAUAUCGACAAGGCUCAGUGGACCUACAACUCGGGCAUCUUCAUGCACGGCGCCGCCUACAUGUACAACUACACCAAUGGCUCCGAGAUCUGGGCCGAACGUGUCAACGGCCUAUUGAACAGGACCCUCAACUUCAUGUUUAACAGCACCAACCAGAUCAUCUUCGAGCCCCCCUGCGAGCCCACCGACGGCUGCACCACUGACGAGUACUCGUUCAAGGGCUACACCCUUAUGUGGCUCGCCCAGGUUACCCAGAUGAUGUCAUCGACCUAUGACACCAUCUACCCGUACCUUCUCACCACUGCUAAGGCCGCUGCCGUCCUGUGUGUUGACACCACCGACGGCAGUGAGGGCUUCGUGCUGAGCGGCAUCGCCUGCCCCUUCAAAUGGACCACAGGCGUGAGCGACGGCCUGUACGGCGUCGGCCAGCAGAUGUCGGCCCUCAACGCCGUCCUGGCCACUAUGAUCGCCAGCGCCCCCGCUCCUUACACAGCUGAUGAUGGUGGUACCUCGACUGGUAAUGCCGCCGGCGGCUCACAGAAGACCGACAGCUCCGUGUCGGGCACAACUACCAUCACCACAGGAGACAGGGCUGGUGCGGGCAUCUUGACGACAUUGGUUCUCGCCGGUAUGAUUGGAGGCUCGUAUUGGAUGGUCGCCGACUAGAGUCCACGCGACUCGGUAAAUACAUAUUAAUGGAGAGCGGCUGAUGGUGUUGGAAAGACCUUUCUUUUCUUUUGGUCUUUUCUCCUUGUACCCUUUGUUUCUCAUUCUCGCUGGCUCAGUGCUGUCUUUUACUUUUUUUUUCUCUCCCUCCUAUUUCCUUAUCUUUUGAUGCCAUGCAUGGAUGUUCAUGUCUCUGGGGGUAAUUAUGGCCUUUUACCUUCACACGAAAUUUUUCCCCCCUUCUAUAGGGCAAUGUGGGGGGGCUUCGGCGUUCUGAGGCGUAGGAAAGGGACAUAUAUGUUGUUGGGUAGUAGCAGUGGGACAGAACCUACUCAAAGAGAAGAUACCAAAGUAUCUUCAAAUCACAUCACAUAAAGCUACUUAGAACUUGGAGAGAAUUCGAUCGACUUCCCUUUCUGAUUAU